AUGUCACUACUUCUGCACGUCGUGUCCGGAGUCCGGACGUUUCUAGACUUGCAGACGAUCUUGGUCCUGUUGGUGUCGUUCUUAGGCGUCCUGUGGUUCGUCAGGAGAGGUAGAAACUACCCGCCUGGUCACUGGAAGUGGCCAAUCCUCGGGAACAUACCUCACAUUUAUAAGGACCCUCACCUAGUGUACACGCGCUGGGCCCAGCGGUACGGCCCGGUACUGCACGUGCAGCUGGGACAGAAGGACGCCGUGGUGCUGAACGGGUACGAGACCGUGCACAAGGCCUUCGUGGGGAAGGCAGAGGACUUCUCAGGCAGACCCACAUUCAUCUACUUCGUCGACAAGAUUUCGGAGGGCGGCAAAGGUGUGAUCUUCGCUCCAUACGGCUCCUUCUGGAAGGAACAGCGGAAGUUUACCCUCAUGAGCCUGCGGGACUUCGGCUUCGGCAAGCGGAGCAUCGAGGGGAAAAUCGUCGAGGAAUCCCAGGCGCUACAGUCGGAGAUCGCCAAGUUUGACGGGCAGCCGUUCAGCACACAUCGUCUGCUACAGAACGCCGUGGCUAACGUCAUCUGUAAUAUAGUAUUCGGGGAUAGGUGGGAAUAUGACGACCCGCUGUUCCAGCGUAUGAUGGACGCUCUGGACUACAUGGUGUCUACUAACGUGUUCGCGGUUCCGCAGAACUUCAUUCCUUUCACCAGGUACAUCCCCGGGUGGGAGGGCCGCCUGGAGCCGUGGAUGAAGAAGUUCCUGUCCAUCAUGGGGUACCUGCGGGAGGAACUGGACAAACACAAGGCCAGCUUCGACCCGAACGACCUGAGGGACUUCAUAGAUGCCUACCUGUUAGAGAUACAGAAACAGAAGGGCGUGGAAGGAACGAGGUUUAAGGAAGACCAGCUGCUGCAGAUCAUGAGAGACAUGUUUUUUGCCGGUGCGGAGACGACUGCCACCACCAUCCGAUGGACUCUGUUCUACAUGGUGAUUUACCCGGACGUGCAACGUAAGGUUUACGAGGAGAUAGAUCAGUUGUUGGGGAAGACUCCACCGUCCGUGUCCCAUCGGAGCCAGCUGCCGUACACGGACGCCGUGCUGGCGGAGGUACAGCGGAUAGCAACCGUCGUGCCCCUCGGUAUCCCCCGGGCUACCAGCAACGACACAACCCUGAACGGAUACAACAUUCCCAAGGACUGGAUCCUGUUUGUGAACCUGUGGUCGGUGCACCACGACCCCCAGCGCUGGCCUGACCCCGAGAGGUUUGACCCUGGUAGGUUCCUGGACGAAAACGGCAAGUUCCAGAAACCGGAGGGGUUCAUUCCAUUCUCCACAGGCCAUCGAGUGUGUCUGGGCGAGCAGUUGGCGAGGGUGGAGAUUUUCAUCUUCGUCAUCACACUGCUGCAGCACUUUGAGCUCAAACUGCCAGAGGGCGCUCCUGUACCGUCCCGCAAAGGAACGAUGGGCGUGACCCAUGCACCGCAACCUCACAACAUUGUGGCAAUCCCACGAGAUUAGAUUUGCAGACAUAGAUAGUCCACAAAGAUAAAUUGAAUUUACAUCAGUAUACCAAUUAAUAAAAAGCUUGUUAUUAAUGCUUUGUACUUCAUUUUUGGGGAUUUUUUGGCAAAACACUGCUCUUCGUAUGUACUACCUGUAACUUUAAUAGUUUGAUACACAGGAGAAUACUAUUAAGCCCCUAGGUAAACUUGUUAUAAAACGACGUCAAAAUUAUGACUUAUAUGACCUAACUGGUUUUAUUUACAAUGUUAUAAUGAAUUGAGAGGUAAACGUGAUUUUAUUAAUAAUAAAAUAGUAUGAAGCAAUGUAAUAUUGUAAGACCCCGUUUGUAGUAAAUUGAUGUUUCUUUUCUUAAAAUGCCACGGAUGGUAAAAUUUGGAGGACACAGCAGACAAGGUCAAGUUGUGACGGUCUAUUUUUGUAUGGUGCAUAACCAAGUAUUAUUACAGUAACACAUUUGAUAAUUAUUACUUAAGCACUGCGUAAGUACCAAAAUUUCGCACUACUGAGUGAAAGAAAACACCUCAUAAAAGCAAACACCUGUCGUCAAGUGGUACUUUGAAUCCACCGACAACAAAGAAAUUGUGAAGUACUUUUGUGAACACCAACAACUGAAAUCAUAGGAACUUCAUGCACGCAACAGAAAGUUACAUUGAAUUUCGUACGGCCAACUACAAACUAAAGAAUAUUAAUUUUACAAAAAUCUUCAAAUUCUACUUACUAAACAAUAUAGGUUUACAUUAAUUAGUAUGCGUGAAUCCUUAAUAUCAUUUUACAAUCAGGUGGGGCUAAUCAUACGUGGGUUAGAGUACCAUUUCUAAUCAAAAAGCAAUCUUUUAUGUAUUUACCUAUUUUUGCAUUGUGCGAUUUUCCACAUAUUAGGAUAUCAUCAAAUCUGCAUAAUAUGGUUUCGAGUAUUUUGAAAUCUGAAUAAAUGUACACAGAUAUUUGACUAAAGAAAUGUGAAUAACUCAUUA